UCAAUCUCUCUUAUUUCCACUCAGCGCCUUGGCCCGUCUGGGCGUAUCAUUACUUGUUCCUUCCCCGGAUGCCCCGCCAAGAUCGACGGCCAUCGCCAGGUCCUGUGUGAGGCCCAUCUGCAGGCCAUUGCCAGUGCUGACAAGACAAAUGGCACACAAGUCGCAACCACCCCGGCGGGCACUUCCACCUUGUCUCGCCCCCCCGUCUCAGGCCCAAACCCGAGGAAGAUGCUGCCAGAAACCGACAAGGACCGGCCAAUCAUGAGGCGCAAAACCGCUGGGAACCUACCUCAGUUCGUCCCGCAGCAGCCAACCCCCAAGCACAGCACGCCGCCUUCCCGCGGUCCGUCGACAAUGUCACCGUCCUCACCGCAGCGCUUGGCACCCCGUCCGUCGGUCCACUCGCCGCCUGCUAGCCCCGGGUCUGUCCGGGAUGGGGAGCCGGCGAGAAAGCGACAGAGACUGUCGCCGUCCCAAGGGCACUCCCCAAAGGCCAGAGUGUACGGGACAGACGCCCCUCGGCCUCCGCAUUCGAGCCGCCGUGAAUCGAACGGGUCACCCCAGCGGCAUGCCAAGGUGCGGGACAAGGAGGGCAAGCCUGCCAGCAGCAAUAAGCCUAGUUCGAGACACCCCGUUAGGAGGGUGCCUCACCAGCUGUCUAAACUGCGGUUCAUUGAACCUGGCCCAGACGACCGUAGCGCGGGCAUGCUUACUGAGCAGUCAAGUUCUGGCAUGAACGAAUCUGUAGGGGCUGCCGCAAGGCGGAGUUCUGACGACUCAGACAUGUUCACCAAGUUGAGCAGCCCAACCGCAUCCGUGUCCCGGACGGGAUCGAUAGACUUGCAAAGCCGCCCUUGGAGGUCGUCAGACCUUCUAGAGGAGUUGGGUGGAAAGGCACAACCUGAUAGGAGGAGAUCGGACACCCAGCCAGACGAUGGGCCGCUGGAAGCAAACGGCGUCCCCUCGCAAAAGAUACACCUGUCCAUGCGUCCAGCGCAAACUAGCACCAAAACUAAGCCAAUCCAGCGCCCAAAACCAAAACCGAAAGAAAUCGACACGGCCCUCUUCGACGCCCUCAUCUACUCCCAGCCAGGCGCCGCCUCACCCCCGCCGGGCACCGACUUACCCGACAUCAUCAACAACCCACGGCUCAAAACAGCAGCAGCAGCAGCAGCCACCACCGCCACCGCCACCACCACCAACACCAGCAAACCCAACUCUUCUCCAAAGAAACAGGAACAGGACGAGCCCCUCUACCUGCCAAUCGACCCGCGCAUCCACUGGCCGCAGCCGCACUCGGAAGCAUGGCACGCGGCCAAGCAGGCCGAAAUUCGGGCGCGGGGGCGGCGCAAGGAACGGUUCGGGCGCGCGGCACAGUCGCUGCGGCGGCAGCUGCGGCUCAAGGAGAAAGAGGGGCCAAAGAUUUUUGAGGAGACGCUGCCGGAGAAAGUGACUGAGAACCCGGCGUGGGUGAGGGUGCUCCGGAGAUUGAGGGGGUUGCCUCCUAGCUCUGGUGUUCCUUCUUCGGCGGCGGGGCGUUUGUUAGGAGCGGAGGAGGAUCAACAGUGGAGUGGGAGUGGUGGGAGGAGACGGAGUGGGAGCGGGAGUGUGGCGAGUGGUGGGGGCAGUGUUGUGAGUGGUGGUUGGGUGAGUAGGAAGCCGUCGUCGUCGUCUGGCGCGGGGGUGGUGGGGAGGAGGGUUGGGCAUUCGGGAGGGUUGGUU